AAACACAGGCCAAUAUACAACAAUGAUCGGAGGACUCUAUGCUCUGUUUCUCUUAACUACAUUAUCUCUACAUCAGACUGUGGAGGUUCCUCAGCAGAUCCCUUUGAUUGUGGCUAACCUCGGUGAUAACAUCAAUCUGACAUGUUCAGUUCCUGUGAAAGAAGCCUGGUUGUUUUUCUGGUACAAGAUGAAAUUUGGAUACAUGGUCCAAACACUUGCUAAAGGAGCUUCUCAAGGUAUAGAGCUUCAAGGACAAUUUGACAACCCGAGAUUCACAGUCAGGCCAGCGGCUGAUCUGUAUACUCUUACCAUAAGGAAUAUAAGCAAAGACGAUGAAGCAACAUACUUCUGUCAAGCAGGAGAGCCAUAUAUAAUUACCUUUAUUAAUGGCACAAUUUUGGCUGUGAAAGAUCACAAAAAUCCGGAGAAACACAUCUAUGUCAAACAAAGUCCGGAGACUGUGUCAGUCCAGCCGGGAAACUCAACGACUCUCGAGUGUUCACUUCUCUCCACGAACAAAGAAAACCUGGACCAGUGUCCAGGUGAACACAGUGUGCACUGGUUCAGAGCCGGAUCAGGACGCUCCCAUCCCGGCUUCAUUUACACUCAGAGCAGCAGGAGAGAGGAACAAGAGGAGAAGAGCUGCGUCUACAGUCUGUCCAAAACUAUACACAACUCCUCAGAUGCUGGGACUUACUACUGCGCUGUGGUCACAUGUGGAGAGAUCCUGUUUGGUGGAGGAACCAAAGUGGAGAUGAGACAAGAACAACUUCCAUUGGUCAUUGCACUUGGGACACUGAUGCUCUGCUGCAUCAUUGCGAUUGUUGCUCUAAUUCUCUUCAGAAAGAAAAAGACUGUUUGCGAACAUUGCAAAGGAGCAGCGACUGGUUCCCAUCCUGGUGGAUCAGCUGAGGAUCAACCAAAUGAUGCGGAUGGUGACGCAGCAGCAAUGAACUACGCUGCACUUGGUUUCAACUCAAGAAAAGCUACAAGAUGGAAUAACAGGAAUUCACCAGAGGACUGUACAUACUCAAGCAUCAGAAACACUGUCAGACAAUAAUUUUGAUGCAAUUCAUUGAGAAGAUGAUGAUGGAUUAGAUCAUGUAUAAUAACAAAUGAUGUGUGUAUGAAUUGAUUGAUUAAAUGAUUUUUUGCAGUCACGUUUUUGGUAAUUGAAAAGUUUAGUUAACGUUGGAGAGAACACUUAUCUCAAUAAUAUCCCUUGUCUAAUUUAUUGUGAGUAACUUCUCAAAAUCCGGAUGAAAUAUGAAUCAU